GGUGGUAGGUAGCUAGCUGUACAGCACCAGGGAGGUAGGUAGGUAGCUAGCUGUACAGCACCAGGGAGGUAGGUAGGUAGCUAGCUGGACAGCACCAGGGAGGUAGGUAGGUUGGCUUGUAAAAGACAUGAACUAACCAGGCAAUGGGGAUAAACGGAUAUGCCGAACGCAGGCACUACAAAAAGAAAAUGCAUUGGCUGCCCAGAACUCCUUGGAAACGCAAAGAAAAAAUGUCCAAGUUGUAUGGCCAUUCAGCCAAACAAAGCAAAAUUAAAAGCCAAAAGAACUAAAUUCAAUGAAGUCAAGGAAGAAUGGGUCGAAAAAACAAAAAAACAUUGCAACAUAACGCGAGUCAUGGAUGGAGCUCAUUUACUGGUUGAUAAACUAUGUGUGCUGGGCUUCUACCCGUUGCUUUUCUACGGACAAAAGGUUAAAGGGAGAAACCGUUACCAAGCACACAUCAUCAUACCUGAAAAGGUUAAAGAAGCAUUCUGUGGACACGCUGUCUUUACAACAAUGAAGUCCUUAUAUGAAAAACUUCUGAAAGUAUACACAGAAACUAACGAAAAUGUCACUGUGUCUGGUGUGGAGCAGGAUCCUUGUGCUGCAGCCAACAACCUGCAGGUUUGUGAGAAUGAAUCGGUCAUUGACAUGGCCAGUAGCCAGCCAGGUUCCAGCAUCAGCCUUCCAGCCAGUAGCCAGCCAGGUUCCAGCAUCAGCCUUCCAGUCAGUAGCCAACCCGGUUCCGGCAUCAGCCUUCCAGUCAGUAGCCAACCCGGUUCCGGCAUCAGCCUUCCAGUCAGUAGCCAGCAGGGUUCCAGCAUCAGCCUUCCAGUCAGUAGCCAACCGGGUUCCAGCAUCAGCCUUCCAGUCAGUAGCCAGCAGGGUUCCAGCAUCAGCCAUCCAGUCAGUAGCCAACAGGGUUCCAGCAUCAGCCUUCCAGUCAGUAGCCAGCAGGGUUCCAGCAUCAGCCUUCCAGUCAGUAGCCAGCAGGGUUCCAGCAUCAGCCUUCCAGUCAGUAGCCAACCGGGUUCCAGCAUCAGCCUUCCAGUCAGUAGCCAGCAGAGUUCCAGCAUCAGCCUUCCAGUCAGUAGCCAGCAGGGUUCCAGCAUCAGCCUUCCAGUCAGUAGCCAGCAGGGUUCCAGCAUCAGCCUUCCAGUCAGUAGCCAGCAGGGUUCCAGCAUCAGCCUUCCAGUCAGUAGCCAACCCGGUUCCGGCAUCAGCCUUCCAGUCAGUAGCCAGCAGGGUUCCAGCAUCAGCCUUCCAGUCAGUAGCCAGCAGGGUUCCAGCAUCAGCCUUCCAGUCAGUAGCCAGCAGGGUUCCAGCAUCAGCCUUCCAGUCAGUAGCCAACCCGGUUCCGGCAUCAGCCUUCCAGUCAGUAGCCAGCAGGGUUCCAGCAUCAGCCUUCCAGUCAGUAGCCAACCCGGUUCCGGCAUCAGCCUUCCAGUCAGUAGCCAGCAGGGUUCCAGCAUCAGCCUUCCAGUCAGUAGCCAGCAGGGUUCCAGCAUCAGCCUUCCAGUCAGUAGCCAACCGGGUUCCAGCAUCAGCCUUCCAGUCAGUAGCCAGCAGGGUUCCAGCAUCAGCCUUCCAGUCAGUAGCCAACCCGGUUCCGGCAUCAGCCUUCCAGUCAGUAGCCAGCAGGGUUCCAGCAUCAGCCUUCCAGUCAGUAGCCAACCCGGUUCCGGCAUCAGCCUUCCAGUCAGUAGCCAGCAGGGUUCCAGCAUCAGCCUUCCAGUCAGUAGCCAGCAGGGUUCCAGCAUCAGCCUUCCAGUCAGUAGCCAACCGGGUUCCAGCAUCAGCCUUCCAGUCAGUAGCCAGCAGGGUUCCAGCAUCAGCCUUCCAGUCAGUAGCCAGCAGGGUUCCAGCAUCAGCCUUCCAGUCAGUAGCCAACCCGGUUCCGGCAUCAGCCUUCCAGUCAGUAGCCAACCGGGUUCCAGCAUCAGCCUUCCAGUCAGUAGCCAGCAGGGUUCCGGCAUCAGCCUUCCAGUCAGUAGCAACCUAGGCCUUGGCAUCAGCUCUUCAGUUGGUAUUAUGGCUAUUAAUGAGAACCAUUUCAACAGUGGCCAUGCAACCAGUAGGAAGAGACCACACCCCACUGUCAGGCCUUCAAACAGUUUGAACAGUACAGAAUGUCCCAGAAUUGGACUAGGUGCCAGUAGAAUGUCAGGCACCAGCAUGUCCCAUCCCUAUAGGAACAAGUCAGGCAGUUUCAAGCUCUCUAAACAGGAAUUGAUGUCCAGCAUUCCAGCCCAAGAUGAAAAGCAGCAUCCUUCUGACAAUUCUGACCGUUGCAGAAAACAUGUGCCGAACAAUAAAAGGAAAAAAAAUCAAGAGGAGUGUACCAUACACUUGAAUGCAGACACAUACCCGUAUGAGAAGAUCAUUAGGAGGUGAGUACAUG